AUGUCGUCUUUCCUUUGGCGCCGCAAAGCGCAGUCCGCCGCUGGGGACCAUGGCGCGACGACGCGCGCCUCGCAGGACACCGACGAUGCAACGCUCACCGAGUUCAGCCGCAUGGCACAGGAGAUGGGCGUCGGCGGCGCGUACGAGCGUAAGGUGGCGCUGCUCAACCGCACCAUAAAGGACGACAUUGGGUUCGGCAAGUUCCAGAUCUGGCUCACCUGGCUUGCCGGCUUUGGCUGGUUCGUCGACAACAUCUGGUUCCAGGCGCUCUCCAUGUCGCUGCCGCAGAUCAAGCUCGAGUUCGGUCCGGCACACGUGCAGUUUGCCACGCUCGCACUUUACCUCGGCUUGCUCAUCGGCGCCACCUUCUGGGGCUUCAUGGCGGACGUCAUCGGCAGACGCCCUAGCUGGAACAUCACACUCUUCAUCUCGGCCGUGUUUGGUAUCGCCGUUGGUGGCGCACCUAACUUCGUCGGGCUCGGCGCAUUGCUCUCGUGUCUAGGACUGGGGCUGGGUGGCAACCUGCCCGUGGAUGGCGCGAUGCUCAUCGAAUUUAUCCCCUCAACGCAUCAGUGGAUCCUGACGUUCCUGUCCAUCUUCUGGUGUUUCGGUCAGCUGUUCGCUGCGUUCAUCGGCUGGGCUUUUAUUACCAACUACCGCUGCGAGACCGCGGAUGCAUGCCCGCGCGCCAGCAAUAUGGGCUGGAGGUAUACCUGGUUCCUGCUGGGUGCGGUGACGUUCAUCAUGUGGGUCGCGCGGUUCUGGGUGUACCCAAUACCCGAAUCGCCCAAGUUCUUGAUCGGAAAGGGCCGCGACGAGGAGGCGCUCGAGGUGAUCCGAUUCAUCGCCGCGCAGAAUGGCAAGACCACCUCGCUCACGCUCGAGCAGCUGCGCGCUGCGGGAGAAGGCACCACUAUCGCGGUCAGCGCUGACGCAGCAGAGCAGAAAUUCGCUGCGGACGAAGACGUCGAGGCCAAAGCCGAUUCUGCCGCUGAAGCCCAGGACGAGAAGAAGGCGAACGAGGCGGGAACGCAUGUCCGAGCUGCACCGACGCCGGGCGUGCAGGUUGAGACGACGGAUGAUGUGGCAGCGACAACGACGGCUGUACCGCAUUCGCUCAAGGGACGUUUCUUGUCGGCUGCGGAUCUGGCGCAGCUUCGCCGUUCGCUGUCCGAGUUCGACUCGCACCACCUUGUGGCGCUCUUUUCGACGCCGCGCAUGGCGUGGAAUACGACGCUGAUCUGCUUCCUGUGGGGUCUCAUCGGCCUCGCCUAUCCGCUCUACAACGCCUUUAUUGCGCUGUACCUUCAGAACGCCGGUGCAAACCAGGGCGAGACGACGCAGGCGGAACAGUACCGCGAUCUGGUCAUCAUUGCGGCGUGUGGUAUCCCCGGCUCAUUUGCUGCCGCGGCCAUGGUCGAGCUUCCGUACGCCGGGCGUCGCGGCACCAUGGCGCUCUUCACGGUGCUCACCGGGUUGUUCCUCUUCCUCUUUACCACCGCCAGGACGCCGGCAGCAGUGUUGGGCUGGAACUGCGCGACGAGUUUGACGCAGAACGCCAUGUACGCAGUGCUGUACGCUAUCAGCUACGAGGUCUUCCCGGCACCCAACAGGGGCACGGGCGAUGGACUCGCCAUGGCUACACAGCGCGUGUUCGGCGUGAUCGCCCCCGUCGUAGGCGCCUACGCCGGCUCCACGCCCACUACACCCAUCUACGUCUCGGCGAGCUUUUUCAUGGCCGCCGCUGUGCUCAUGCUCAUGCUGCCGUACGAAACGCGCGGUCGUUCCGCCCUCUAA